AUGACAGAUAUAGUAGGAAGAUUAUUAAAUAAAUGGUUAGGGGAAAGGAGGAAGCACAAGAGCGUCAAUGUGGAUCAAAGAAUAUCGGAUAACAUACAGAGAAUAGUAAAGGAGUUAAUGAAGAAGUUGAAUGAUGGUACGGAUGAAAUAUCAAAAAGAUACUGUGAGAGUGAUAUUGAAGGAAUAAUUACAAUUAUUCCAUAUCACAAACCACUAUGCAAGGCUCUAAUGAGGACAUUUCUCUAUAUGAACGGACUGAAAGUAGGGAAAAGAAGAAAAAUAGAAGUUGAAGAUGACACGGAGGAACAGUCUUUCCUGAAGUGUAUAGUUGGAACAACAGUUAUGCUAAAAAUGUUAAAGAAGUAUUGCUGGUUCGAGGAUUACAUGCAAUAUGCAUUAAGAAUAACAAAGGGGCGAGUAGAAGCUCAGGGAAGGGAAAGUAAUUAUGGUAUAUGUGGAGGGAUGGACUUUGAUCAAUUAAAAAUAGGGAGUACAUUAAUUGGGGAAAACGUGGCAAAGUUGAUUAAGGGUAAGGAUUCUGAAAUUGCUGAUUAUGGGAAUUUGCAGAAUAUGAUAGGACCUUGGUGCGAACAGGAAGGUUGGAAGGUAAAAGAAAUACCAGGAAAAGGGAAGGGAGGACAUAAGAAGAAAGAGUGGAUGGAAAAAGGAAAAAUGGAAGAACUGGAAAAAAUAGUAGAGGAUAAAGGGAAGAAAGAAGAAGGGAAAUUAGAUAAAGUAUUGGAAGAAAUGGAAAAGAAGAGGAAAAGUCUAAGAGAGAAGGACCCAUGUUAUCAGAACACAACGGGAGCACUCGAUGACGAAGAAGAACUUACUAUUACUGAAUGGUUCACAAGAUUUUUUAAUAAUCCCUCGGAAGAUGAUGAUAAGGAAGAUAAUUUGUAUGAGUGGAAGGUGUUUGAAGCAAAUAGUGCUGUAUGCGAUCAGGAUAGUGAUGAUGGUAAAUAUGACGCAAGUACAUAUAAGGACUUUUGCAAAAUUAUGUUAAAAAAUGUAAUGAUGGUAGAAAACGGGAAUAACCAGUAUAAACUACCAGAGAAUAGUAGUCUUAAAUGUCAGAAGAAGCAUAUUCCUAUAUGUGAUCUUCUAAAAAUAUGGAUGAUGGACAUGGGUGCAUUCUGUGUUCCGACAGAUGUAAUGAAGUAUGUGUUCAAAGCACUCGAAGGAAUAAGAACAGGGUGGAAGACGGAGAAGGAUUAUGUGGAAUGUGAGUAUGGUAAAAUUUCAGAUCUUUACAGAGGAAAUGAGGAUAUGUUGCCCAAAGUACAGGAGUUAUUACGCAGUAGUACUGUAAGUGAGAAAUUAGGUGAACUAAAUAAGAAGACUUGGUGUGAUGCAAGUAAAGUGCAAGAUAGAACACCUAACUCGAGAGCAGGCAUAGAGCCACGUGCUGAUGAGUCCGCACAGGGAGUACCAGACCCUAAUAAUGGAACACUGCAGGAAUUAACAAAUCUUGUUAAGGAGGUCCAAGAAAAAGUAAAUGAGGAGGAAACUGAACUAUCGGAAAUUGUGGGCGAAGCCAUUAAGGAAGUCCUAUCACCACAAGGCAAGGCCUCUAGCGCCGCUUUAGGGAAGAAAAAUCUACUCGCGGACAGGCGAACCCGAAACUGGGUGAACCGAACAAGGGGGAAAGAAUCCGACAAGGGGGGCAAGCGGACAAAAGGGGGAAGGAAACCGGACAAGGGGGAACUGGACAAGGGGGAGAACGCUCGAUUUAAAGACUGCAGCGUUGAGAAUGACUUAUGUAAACGUGUAGACUGCGUAGGACAUAAUUGGUUUAAGGACAGAAUAGGUAAAAGCGGGAGCAAGCAAAACUGGUGUCAAUUUUGGGACCCUGACGUCCAGAAGGAAUUGGAGAAACUUUCUAAGGCUAUGACCAAUACAGAGACAGGAGAGGGCGGUGUAUGCAAAGGCAUUGUGGAAGAGAAUGCGGGUACAUCAAAUAAAGAAGCAAAUAGGAAGGCCUGUGAGUACAUUGUUAAGGGUUUGGAACACAUAUAUAAGAUUAGACCAAAUGGAGAUUGGACGGAGGAUGAUGGUGACAAACAAAAGAAGAUGGAACGUAACAAAAUAUUUGGUCAAACUAUGUCGUGUGUCUUACUGAAUAUAUACGCAGAUCAACUGAUUCAAAAAUCGUCAGCUCAGGGAUGCUCUGUUGAUGAGAAAAUAAUAGGAGAAGCCUUUAGUAAAGGGAAUUCGCACAAAGAUAGUUCGUGUAAAGGAGGUAAUAAUAAUUGUUUUGUAUGUACCAGGCAGAAGAAUAUAGAUUGCACAUUAAACGUGACGAAAUACCUAUGGGAAGAAAAAAAUAAUUGCCAAACGGACUAUAAUAAAGUAAAAACCAAAGUGGAAGGGCUACUUAGUAAGGAUGACAGAGUAAAACGAACUCUGAAAAGCAUAUGCAGGGAUUGCACCAAGGAGACUGCUUUAUGUGGACGUUUGAAUUGCAUAGCACAUAAUUGGUUCGAGGACAGAAUAGAUAACAAAGGGGCGAAGCGGAACUGGUGUACAUUUUGGAAUACUGAUGCCAAAAGUAGACUGAACGAAAUAUCUGAAAAAAUGAUGACAGUGAGCGAAGACAUUAAUUCACUGUGCCAGAAUACUGUUGGAAAGAACGUUACACUGAAUGCAGCAGGGAAGAAAGCAUGUCAAUACAUUUUUGCAGGUUUAAAGGGCAUUUAUAGCCCUGAAGAGAAUACGGAAGUUCCAAACAAGAAGAAAGCAAGGAAUAAUAGACUAACAGAUCAAACCAUGUAUUGCCUAUUCCUGAAUGCAUAUGCAGAUCUUCUCAUAGAGAAAACGAAGGGACAAGUCUGUCUUAUUACAGAAGAAGAAAUACAAAAAAUGUUUGAAAAAGGGAAUGAAAACAAGGAUACUUGGUGUAAGGAUAAGAUUAAUGGUAAUGAUUGUGUUAAAUGCACAAGGGACCCAAACUAUAAAAAUUGCACACUAAACGUGAAUGAUGACCUAUGGAAGAGUAAUGGUGGAUGCGACACUAACAAAGAGAAUGUAAAGAUUAAAGAGGAGGAGGUGUUCGACAAGGGGAAGAAUGACCCGCAGAAGCCAGAAAUAAAGAAAGCUUUGGAUGCUCUAACUGCUAUAAAUAAGAACAAUACCUUCUGUGAUCGUGUGAAAUGUAUAUACUAUAGGUGGGGAGAAAACAGGAAAAUAGGGGACUAUGUAAACUGGAACCAAUUCUGGGAGCCCGACGUCAGGAAGAGAUUGGAAGAACUGUCUGAAAAAAUAACGAAGGGGGAUUCAACCAUCGAUCCUCUUUGCAAUAACGCUGAUGGAGGAAGUACUACACUGAGUGGAGAACAGAAGAAGGCAUGUACUUACAUUGUUCGGGGUUUAGAACAUAUAUAUAAAAUAGAAAGGGGGACUGACGGGACGGAACAGAAGAAAGAUGAUAACCUCAUAUUCCAUCGAACUUUCUCUUGUAUCCUACUCAAUGCAUACGCAGAUAAAUUGCUGGAAGCGGGUAACCCCCAUUGUAUCACAGAAGAUACUAUACAAAAGGCCUUUGUUGCUGGAAAUACACAGAAAGACACUUGGUGUAAGGAGAAGGAUAAGAAUAAUGAAUGUGAAGUUUGUAAAAGGGAAGAAUAUAAAGAUUGUAAAAUUGGCGAUAAAAAAGAAACAAUAGGGCAUAAAGUGGAGGAACUGUUCAGGAAUGACAAAAAAAAAAAGGAAAUAGACGAUCUGAAGAAAACUCUCGAAACUAUAUGCCCCACAGUGUCAGUCAAACCAGCCACAUCGGAAAUAACACCUCAACCAGCCCAAAAAGUUACUGACCAAAGUGGAGGAGCAUCCUCCUCCAAUGAGGGUGCAGCCCGAUCACUGGAACCACUGUCACCAUCGCAGCCACCUCCUGCUGCACCAUCAGGGGAUCCAGGAAGAUCUGCACUACAACCAUUACCAGGUAAGACUCCACAAAUAAAGGCUGAUAAGGUUACUGAUUGGAUGAUUGAAUCUAAGGGUAAAGGUAGUGUUCAGGUCACUGAUGCAACCGUUUCAGACCCAAAUCAUGGUAUGGACAAUACGCCUGACCCCUAUGGAAAUGGCCCUUUCAUUUUAGGAACCAAUGAUGAUCCUGCUUCAGGAGUAUCCAAGGAUAGUCCUACCCUUACGGAUCCUACAGACUCCCAAACUCCAAGUACUGGCGAGAAUCCUCAUUCCUCUGGUUCCGGUUCCACAGGAACCUGGAAUCCAGGUUCUUCCGGCUCCGGUUCUACGAGAACGUGGAACCCAGGUUCUUCUGGUCAUGGUAGUACUGGUAAUCAAAACACUGGUAGUCCAAGAUCAACACCACCACAAGCAGCAGGCGGAAUUAAACCUCAGAAAGUAGUGAAUGUAACGAAGGACGGAAUUGACCUUUCCGAUUUUAUUCCAUACCUUCCUACCAUUCCUGUUCUAAUUGGUAUUUUUGCUAUGAAUUAUUUCCUUUGGAAGUAUUUUACCAUGGGUAAGCGAAGACGACGUCACAAAAGAGCUCAUCGAGUACGUGGUCCUCCUUCCUUAGAAGAACAACCUCUUGAUCAUGUGGACGACGAGGCAGAUGGUUCACAUGAAUACACUUUAGUUAAGGAACGACAACCUAGACGUUGGCCAAGAAGAUCACCCGGAAAAAAACCAGUUAGCCGCCGCACUAUUAUUGAUAUUCAUUUAGAAGUCUUAGAUGAAUGUCAAAGGGAAGAUUUGCAUUCGACGAAGGAAGACUUUUUUGAAAUUUUGGUUCAGGCGUUUAUGGGAAGCAAUUUUAUAAAGGAAGAAAAGGUCCCUAAGGAAUAUGUUCUUAAGGAACAGGUUCCAAGUUCAGUUUCCGAGUUUAGGGAGGAAGAUUUUGUUCCUAAGGAAGAUGUUCCUAUGGAAGAAGUUCGAAGUUCAGAGUUCCGGGUUUAG